AUGUCUGUCCUCCGUUUGUGUACGAGAUCCAGCAUUUUGAAAAGUGGAGUGCGCAGUGUGCGCCCUGCUAGCAUUGCUAGCGUGAGAAUGAACUCAAGCGCUGCUCCUGCUACCCCAGUCAACCCCAAGAUCACUGCUAUUGUCGACCAGAUCUCCGAGUUGACUAUCCUCGAAACCUCUGCUCUUGUCAGUGAAUUAAAGUCAAGAUUGAAUAUUCCAGAUAUUUCUUUCCCAGCUGGAGGUGCUGCCCCAGCUGCUGCUCCUGUUGCUGCUGCUGAAGAGGAGGCUCCUGAGCCUGUUCAAGAGAAGACUAUCUUCAACAUUAAGUUAGAAUCAUUUGAUGCCAAGGCCAAACCAAAGAUUAUCAAGGAGGUCAAGACUCUGUUGGGAUUGAGUUUGGUCGAGUCCAAGAAGUUCGUCGAGAGCGCACCUAAAGUACUUAAAGAGAAUGUUCCCAAGGAGGACGCUGAAAAGAUCAAGGAGACCAUAGAGGCUGUUGGUGGUAAGAUCGUCUUGGAGUAG